UAGAAGGAGCAUUUCCAUCCAAUGCCAAAGAUUCGUCUGUCUCUUCAUUCUUUGCUUUCAUUAUUAAUCCACGCAUCGCCCCACCAGCGGCACCAACCCAUUCUCCUCUUCUUAAACCCCAUCCCCCUCCACUCUUCAAAAUCCCACACCAAAACUUUCUUUACUCAUAUACCCAGAUGGGUUUUGAUGAUCUUUCUAAUACAGGCCUUCUACUGGGUUUGGGAUUACCGCUUCCCUCCAAUCCCGCUCUUCUUUCUCACAAACCCAAGAAGCCAGUAGAUUUAUUCUCUUUUCCCGCCCCCGAAUCCGAGCCCUCCUUGACUUUGGGCCUUUCCACACCCGAGACUUACCCGGUACCUGCCCCUGAAACGGCUGAUUUAUGUCGUCAACCCUCGCCUCACAGUGCGAUUUCUUCCUUCUCCGGCGGCAGGGUGAAGCGUGAAAGAGAUGUUUCCGGUGAAGAUAUUGAAGAAGAGAAAGCUUGUUCUCGAGUCAGUGAUGAAGACGAAGAUGGUUCUAUUGCUAGAAAAAAGCUUAGGCUAACUAAAGAACAAUCUGCCCUCUUGGAGGACAGCUUCAAACUUCAUAGCACCCUCAACCCUAAGCAAAAGCAGGCCUUAGCCAGAGAGUUAAAUCUCCGGCCUCGACAAGUUGAAGUUUGGUUCCAGAAUAGGAGAGCCAGGACGAAGCUGAAGCAAACAGAGGUAGAUUGCGAGUUUCUAAAGAGAUGCUGCGAAACGCUAACAGACGAAAACAGGAAGCUGCAAAAGGAGCUGCAAGAACUGAAAGCCCUGAAACUAGCGCAGCCCCUGAUCAUGCAAAUGCCGGCGGCGACACUCACCAUGUGCCCCUCCUGCGAGCGAACCGGUGGUGGAGCCACCGCCGUUAACGCCGACGGCAAUUCCAAGAGCCCAUUUUCGAUGGCUCUCAUGCCCCGGUUUGACAAAGCCUUCACCAAGCCUUCUGCUGCUUGCUAAUUAAUGAAACACGAAAAUCCCCAGAAACCCAGGAUUUUUUGGUUGGGGCCUCGUUUAGUUAUCUAGUUGGAUCUAUUAAAAAAAAAAAAAAAAUCCAAUUAAAUUAGUUUAAUUUGUAGAAAGAAAACUAUAGUACUUACUAAUCCAAUUAUUAUGUCUCCUUAUUUGAUUUCAUAUGUUUGUACAUAAAGUAAAUUAAUAUUAUUAAUGAAGAAAUUAUUUCCCUCUCUCCAA